GUACUUAUAUCUCAAACUUCAAUAUAUAUAUAUAGAGGUCUAGAUUCCUUCAAGUACAUACCUAGAGAACUCACCAAGAGGAAACAAAGAAGCAUUCAGUCAAGAUAGAUAGUUGUUUUAACCAAUCAGUACAGAGAUAUGACUAUUGAUUUAUCAACUUGUUUUGUGGAUACUUCUCUUAGUUUAUUUGACCUUAACAUCAAUCCUCUCAUGUAUUCCGAUCAUCCGACGGCGGCGACGACGGUUUCAGAGACGCAGCAGGCAAAUGUUUUAGUUGCUGAACUGAAUAAAAUGGUGGAAGAGAACAAGAAACUGAGUGAGAUGUUAAUGGUGAUGCACCAAAACUACAACACUUUGCGAUAUCAUAUGAUGGAGCUAAUAAGUCACAACAAGAACGCGGAUAGCAAAGGGGUGCAAACAUCAAAGAAGAGAAAGUUCGAAAACAAUGAAGAAGAACAUCAUGUUAACAAUACUAAUAGCGGAGGAUAUGCAGAGAGCAGUUCAAGUGAGGAAGGUUACUCCAAACAAAAACCAAACACGAGUACUGAAGAAUCCAAUAUCAAGAUAUCUACAGUUUACGCAAAGGCGGAUCCUUCGGAUAACCGCCUUGUUGUGAAGGAUGGCUAUCAGUGGAGAAAAUAUGGUCAAAAAGUUACAAGAGAUAAUCCAUCCCCGAGGGCUUACUUCAAGUGCUCUUUUGCUCCUACCUGUCCGGUCAAAAAGAAGGUGCAAAGAAGUGUGGAAGAUCAAUCGAUCUUGGUGGCAACGUAUGAAGGUGAACACAAUCACCCACACCCAUCUCAAACCGACGGAAUUCUGGCCGGUUCCAACGUCCGUGGUCAAGCAAACAUAGGAUCAGUUCCUUGUUCGACUUCAAUCAAUUCUUCAGGACCAACCAUUACACUUGAUCUUACCCAACCUGGAUUAAGUCGUCAUCAAGAUAUUGGUAGUGCCCAUAAAUCUAACUCUGAUGAGAUCACCAAGUCGCCGGUCUUUCAUCAGUUUUUGAUUGAGCAAAUGGCUUCUAACUUAUCGAAAGAUCCUACUUUCAAAUCAGCGCUCGCAACCGCGAUUUCCGGAAGAUAUUUUCAGCAAUCUCUUGGCAACACAAAGUUUUAGAGAAAUGAAACGAAGCAAAUAAAUACCACGAACGAACUAUGAGCACGUCCAGCACUUAUGGAUCUUUUUUUUUUUUUUUGAAGAAUAUAUUGAUCAAAGGAAGAGGUCUAAAUGAAAAGGUUUCAUUCUUAUACGGUUCUUUGGAGUUGGUUCAUAAAAGCUUAGAUUUUAUGUAAAUAGAUAUCAAUUUUGUCUUUGAAAUACUCCUAAUUAGAUUAAA